GACGUUUUCAGCCUGCUGAGCCUGUGCGCGCCCCCGCUGCUCCCUUCCUGCGCGCUCCCCUCGAAAAGUGAGCUCGUUUGAGGGAAAAGAAUCUGGACGACCAUGGAGUAAGAAAGCUAGGUGUUAUCUUGUGUCUUUUGAACACUUUUUCACUUUUCCGUCACUUUCGACAACCACGGAGGGCACAUGUGGUCAUUAAAUAUAUAUUUUCAAGUCGUAAGUUUCCAAACUUUCAGGAGUUUUGCGCUGGUAUAGCCUGACUGGAAAGUUAGCUAGCUAGCCUCGGCUACAUAUUAACGCUCCUCGGCUCGCGACUUUUGGAACAAAAACAGGCCGGCGGAGAGGCGACAUAGGCGGCUACAAGUGACGCGGAAUGUUGCCUCCCGGGAUUAACUUCACAUACGGAUGAGAAGGAAAUUGGGGAACACGGAGAACAACAGACGAGCGGUGCCAUGUUGGGCAGCCCGUCUGAGUGCCGAGGGUGGCCGCACUUGGUGCUGUGGCGGCCGGGGGGCUUCUUCUUCUUCUUGCUGCUGCUGGAAGGCAGCCUCGGCCUCGCCAACCCGGACAGCCAGUCCGGGCUCAUCGGCAGCAGCAGCAACCGCAGCGUCAACAUAUACUUGAGUGUGGAGGAGGUGAAGAAACUACUAGCAGGCCUGGAUGCAGAGCUUUACUAUGUUCGGGAUGACGUGGUCAAUCAUUACGCGCUGUCCUUCACUCUGCCAGUCCCCAGUGAGACCAACAGCCUUCACUUCACGUGGCAUUCCAAGUCCAAGGUGGACUACCGACUAGGUUUCCAUGUGGAGAACCCUGUUGCCAUGAACCAACCACGGAGCAACAUCUCCAGCCAAGGGGAGGUGCCCCGUUUUCCCUCCGUUUUUAGAGUGGACCUUUUCUGUUCCGGCAAGAUUGACGGGGAGGCGGUGGUGACGCUGCAGCUCAAUGUGACUAUCCACGCCGACAACUACACAGUGCUCAACUUCAAGAGGAGGAAAAUGUGCUACAAAAGAAUAGAUUCCGACCCAAAGAUUCCAUUAACAUUCAACCACAACAACCACACCCUUCACACCCUCCAGCAGCCUGACUUAGAUGGCGUGACCACCCCCACCACCUCUACUCAGGUGUUCUACAUAAGUGUCAGCGUGUGUUGCAUCGUCAUCUUCCUGGUGGCCAUCAUCCUGGCUAUCUUGCACCUGCACAGCAUGAAGAGAGUUGAGAUAGAAGACAGCGUGAGCGACAGUGGAAGCUCUCAGGGACUCUCUCAGCCGUCCACGCAGACCACACAGUACCUGAGGGCCGACACGCCAAACAAUGCAGCCCCCAUUUCCAACAACCACCCUGGCUCUGCACCCAUUCUCCAGCUUGCUGCCUCCUCCUUCCAAAACCCCGGUGCCCCUCCCCACGAAACAAAAAGCUACCCAUCGCUUCGCAUCGAGAAGAACGACCUGAGGAGCGUCACUCUCAUGGAGGCCAAGGCCAAAGUGAAAGACAUCGCCAUUUCAAGGGAGCGAGUCACUCUGCGAGAUGUCUUGCACGAAGGCACGUUUGGCCGCAUCUUCCACGGUGUGUUGCUGGAUGAAAAGGACCCCAGUAAGGAAAGGCCAGUCUUUGUGAAGACUGUGAAAGAUCACGCCUCUGAGGUCCAGGUGACGAUGAUGUUGACUGAAAGUUGCAAGCUUCGCGGCCUUCAUCACAGGAACUUGCUGCCCAUCAGUCAUGUUUGCACAGAGGAUGGCGAGAAGCCCAUGGUGCUGCUGCCUUUCAUGGCCUGGGGGAACCUGAAGCUGUUCCUGCGCCAGUGCAAGCUGGCGGAAGCCAACAACCCACAGGCCGUCUCUCAGCAGGACCUGGUCUACAUGGCAAUCCAGAUUGCGUGCGGAAUGAGCUACCUGGCUCGCCGAGAGGUCAUACACAAAGACCUUGCAGCCAGGAACUGUGUCAUCGACGACAACAUGCAGGUAAAGAUCACGGACAACGCCCUGGCCCGAGAUCUGUUUCCCAUGGAUUACCACUGCCUGGGGGACAACGAGAACCGGCCUGUGCGCUGGAUGGCGUUGGAAAGCUUGCUCGACAACGACUUUUCCAGCGCCAGCGACGUGUGGGCUUUCGGCGUGACGCUGUGGGAGCUGAUGACACUGGGCCAGACGCCGUACGUGGACAUCGAUCCCUUUGAGAUGUCCGCCUACCUGAAGGACGGCUACAGAAUAGCGCAGCCCAUCAACUGUCCUGAUGAACUGUUUGCCGUCAUGGCGUGCUGCUGGGCUCUGGACCCAGAGGAAAGACCCAAGUUCCAGCAACUGGUUCAGUGUCUCACAGAAUUUCACGCCGCGUUGGGGGCUUACGUGUAAAUCCCCCCUUGACACCCCCCAACCCCUUUAAAGAACGGCAGCACUCGAAGCUGCUGGUGGACUCAUGGAUUCCCGUUGUGCCUUUUCCAAAGAGCAGCCUUGGAGCACAAUGACAGUUUUUUGUACAGUUGCUGUUUUUUUUCCAUAUAGUUGAAGUAGUAUUCUUCCAUAGGCGACCUUUCACUCAUCACCAGGACUGACAGGCAUGGAAGUGACCAACAUCCUAACCCUUUUGUUGAAGGUCGAGUGCGGUACGGCAGUUUGAUCAGAAUGGUGCAUUUACUUCUUGAAUGAGAUGUGUGUGUGUGUGUGUGUGCGCGUGUGUGUGUGUGUUCGUGUUGCUCAUUUUGCUCAGCAUAUGGAUUGGAACACUUCUCCUUGUUUUGUAUUCCUACAAUCCCAACAACUUCCCCCAGGUCCUGCAUUAGGACUCAAAUUUCCGCUAGAUCAGGGGUCGGGAACCUUUUUUGCUAAGAGAGCCAUGAAAGCCACAUAGUUUUAAAUGCAAUUAUAUAUUUUUUAACCACUGAAUACAACUAAAUGUGUGCAUUUUCAGCAAAACCAACAAUUUUAGGAUAGUAGUCUUAAUUAAUUAUUUUUAAUAACAUUGUUAUACUGAAGCUUGUUGCCAUGAUUGUGACUUCAGGUGCUGCAUGGGCUAGCACGGUACUCCUUAUCUUUCUUUUUGCCAUCAUCUUCAUCAAAAGAUGAAAAAAGAUUCUAUGCAAAAUUAGCUAGCUCACUAUUGAUUAAAGGAAGGAAGUUUACUUCUUGACCUCUGAAUGACCAGGUAGGCUCCUGUGUUAUACAGUAAUUGGGUUUUGGUUUCUGAUCCGGAAAGUAUGGGAAGGACAGCUGGCAUUGACUUUGGCCACCCACACGGCGGUAAAAAAAAUGGAUGGAUUAAAAUUAAUUAAAAAGUUUAAUAUUUUGAAUAUGACUGCAACUAAUGCUUAAUCGCUUCAGUCAAUCAAUCAAUUAAUCAAAUUAAUAUAAUCAGAUUAAAAAACACUUUCUUCAGAAAUAAAGGAAAUUCUAAGAAGAUAUUUUAAUGUUUAAAUCAAAAAGCAAUCAAUUCCCAAAAUAGUUGUUGAUUAAUUGCCUUAUCGAUUAACCAUUGAUUAAUUGUCAUUUUUAACACUAAUUUCUGUAUUUUUUUACUUUUAAAAUUUCUGCAAAAAAAUGUCUUAAUUUUAUUGUGGUAAGAAAUGCCAGAUACAGUCAUCAUAAAAGCCACGUCUGGCUCCGAGCCAUAGGUUCCCUACCCCUGCGCUAGAUUUUUGUGAGUACAAUUUAAAACUGUCACCAUGAAGCUCCUGUGACAUGUUUUUAUGGUCACUGCAUGGUUGAACUCCAUUCACUAUUAAAUUGUAUUUCUUUUACCUUCA